UUGCCAAACAAACAAAAGUUAGAGAAUUGAAAAUGGAAGAGAUGAUGAACAAAUUCUUCGAGUCCGUGGGUUCUUUCUUCGGAGGAGGAGAUCAGAUUCCCUGGUGCGAUCAAGACGUCAUCCAAGGUUGUGAGAGAGAAGUUGCGGAGGCCAACAAGGGUGAGUCAGAGGAGCACAAGAGCGAGAGCAUCAUGAGAUUAUCAUGGGCCCUUGUUCAUUCAAGACAACCCGAAGAUGUCCACCGUGGAAUUGCAAUGCUAGAGGCUUCAUUGGCCAACACCAACUCCCCUUUACAUCAAAGAGAGAAGUUUUACCUUCUCGCCGUUGGAUAUUACAGAACUGAUGAUUAUUCAAAAAGCCGCGGCCUUGUCGACCAAUGCUUAGAGAUUGCACCUGAUUGGAGACAGGCUCUGUCCCUUAAGAAGAUAAUUGAGGAGCAAAUUGCUAAAGAUGGUUUCAUUGGGAUAGGCCUCACCGCCAGUGCUGUUGGACUUAUAGCAGGUGGGAUUGUUGCUGCCUUGAUUCGCAGGUGAUAACCCCAGCCAACAAUGUUCAUAAAGACUCGUACUAUCGUAAUUAACCCCAAAGCAUUUUCUGAACGAAAAGGAGUCAAAUAAUCAGGCUUUUCCCAAUAAACUUUGCAACUACAGGCGUUUUGUAUUGUGGAGCAAGCUUCUAGUUUUGUUUUUUUUUCUUAGCCUAUAACACACAUUUUGAAUCACUUCGGGUGUAUGUACUCACCGAAACAGCCCAAAAAAAUUGGCUGUGUUUGUUAUCUAU